CCUCCCUUGGAACUGCGCAUGCGCCUAACAUGUUGUAAACAAUGAGUCUAGUCCCGACCGUCUCCAGCUUUGUGUGUAUCCAACUGUCCCUGUGUAAAACUAACAGCGGGUUCCCACCUAUCAGCUUGUGUUCAAUAAAAAUGUUCCCGGGGAGCUGAAGCAUGGAGGCAGUUCUGAGCAGGCUGAGGGACCUAAGUUCUGACGAACUGCGAGAAGAGCUUGCUCGUGCGAAUGUCAAGUAUGGCCCCAUCACAGCUACCACCCGAGCCACCUUUGAGAGGAAGUUAGCCCGUGUCCUGGCUGGGCCAGAGAGCAGUGUCACUGAAUCAGACAACAGCUCUUCUGCAGGAGUAUCAAGCAGCGCAGCCUCCGUUGCUGAUCAUGUCACCUCUGAAGUUGCAUCCACCACUGCUGCAACAACCAGCAGCCCCUUUGAAGAUGUCGUCAAAGAGUUGGACUUUGGCUAUGGAGUGGGUCUUAACCCUCCAGAGGAAGAGGAUAUCUCAGUGAAAACAACCACCAACAGCUCUGCUCAAGGCAGCAACUCUCAGUCCAAAACAGAAACCCCCUCAAAGCUUGCACAAGUGUCCCCAACCUUUUUUUACGGAGUAUGUCCGCUGUGGGAGGACGUGUUGGCAAGAAAUGAAAGAGCACAUGUGUACACGGAUAAGAAAGACGCUCUUCAGGCUGUAAAAACGAUGAAGGGUGCUCGCUUUAAAGCCUUUCCCAAUCGUGAGGAUGCGGAAAAGUUCGCCAAGGGCGUCUGCGACUAUUUCCCUUCCCCAAGCAAAUCCAUACCUAAUCUGUCUCCUGUCAAACCAGGCCUGAUCGUCAGCAAAGACAACAUGGAGGUUGAUACCAUCAACCGGGAGCGUGCCAACAGUUUCAAAAGCCCGCGCACACAAGACCUGACUGCCAAACUGCGCAAAGCUGUGGAGAAGGGUGACGAGGUUGCCUUCAGUGAGCUGGUGUGGAGCAACCCACGCUAUCUCAUUGGUUCAGGAGAUAAUCCCACUGUUGUGCAGGAGGGCUGUCGGUACAAUGUCAUGCAUGUGGCAGCGAAGGAGAACCAGGCUGGAAUCGCUCAACUGCUGCUGGACUCCUUGGAGAACCCAGAGUUCAUGCGCCUCAUGUACCCAGACGACCAGGAGGACAUGCUGCAGAAACGUAUCCGCUACAUUGUAGACCUUUACCUCAACACUCCAGAUAAAGCUGGUUUUGAAACACCACUUCACUUUGCCUGUAAAUUUGGGUGCCCAGACGUGGUCAACGUUCUGUGCUCGCACCCUGACGUCGAUAAGAACCGUAAAAACAAGGACGGACAGAAGCCUUGUGACAUUAUUUGUAGCAGAAAAAACAAAACCCAAGAAGUGAAGCAGAAGAUAAAUGACUAUUUGGAGGACCGCUGCUAUAUCCCUUUGUUGAGGGCAACCGACAACACCUCUCAGCCCAUCAUCGGUAAUCUGUGGUCACCCGAGUCCUCGGAAAACCUUUCGUUGAUCAAGCGACACCCCAGGAGCCCCAUGGAUCCACUGAUGACCGUCACAGCCUUUGCAGGCCCGCUCAGCCCUUCUAAAGCGGAUGACUUUCGCCGGUCCUGGAAAACGCCACCCAGAGAACGAGCUGAGUUUUUCCACCACAUCCUCAAGUCUGAUCCAUACCGUGGGGUAGAGAGAGUGGGCAGAGACUUGGCUCAUGAGAUGGGUCACCCAUGGGCUGAGUACUGGGACUUCCUGGACAGUUUUGUGGAUCUGUCGUCGACCGAGGGACUCCGAAAGCUCGAGGAGUUUCUGAGCAAGAGGGAUUUCAGCCCGCGAGCUCACGAGGAGGCCGGAGAGAACGAGACCAGCAACAGGUUCAAAAGCCCCUCUCCAGGGAAGCCCAAAAAGUUCUGCAACUCCAUCUCUGUCGGCGCCUUCCUGGAUGAGGGCGACGACAUCAGCCUGGAGGAGAUGAAGAACCGUCAGAACGCAGCACUCACCUCCUCUGCGUCCAAGGAUGGCCUGAAGGGAGCAGUGGGCGGCCACGACUUCCACAUCCUGCCUAUUCCGCUGCACCACCGCGGAGCCGACCUGAUCGAGACGGCGGCCGAGCAGGACCUGCUGUGCUGCUGCAGCAACGGCCUCCUGUCGCCCGGCGUCGUCUGCAUAAAUGGCGCUUGCUCCUCCUCCAGAGACAGGACUCACAAUGGAGACAAGGUGUCGCCUCGCACCUCCCCGUCCUCUUCCUGCCUGCUGUCGCCCAUCUCCAACCUCCUGGUGGAGUUUGAACGCAUGUCGCUGCAAGAACCGCUGGACAGCCCCACCACCAGCACCACCACCAGCAGCAGCAGCAGCAGGGAGAGGAAGAGCAGUGGGGGGAGUCGGCACAGGGACGCCCGGGACUCAACCGCAGACCUGAAUUCAGGGCUGAACCGCAUGUGUCUUGGUCAGAGCGGUCAGGACGAUAAAGCGCCGGAAGGUCCGAGCUGGAGAGCCGAGGGAGAGGAGGCGGAAGAGAGGAGAAGCAGCGGCAGCUCGGAGGAGUAUUUUGAAGCAGAGGAAAGCCUGGAGGUGCUGGGCAGGACUAGGGGGUCAGUCACAGGGGGGCGCAACUCUUGUGCUAGGUCCAAGUCAUGGGACCAUGGAGGUAGAGACCUGAGCAGCUCAGGAUCCUCUGGGUCUUCCUAUAAGUCUCUGGAUAACUCGAAUGAAUUCCUACCCAGGACACCACCGCACACGAGAAGAGGACUUUUCAUCGAUGGGGAGUCGCCAACCAAGUUGGACAGAGAGGUCCUGUCGGCGGUCAACGGCAUAGACAUCGAUCCUCAGAAGUUUCCCAGCAUUCAUAAGUGGAAGAGCACAAUGACGUCAUACUCGGCCUCAGACAUGCAGGGCUGGCCGAGCCCCGCGGUGGUCAAACCGCGCCUCAGGAUGCCUCACCAGACUCCCGGCUCCCCGGUCAGUGACCUGAUGUCUCCCAGCAGUCGCUUCAGUCCCGCGCGACACGCUGCCUCGCCGGACUUCAGCCCCAGCCGUUACAGCCCUGCCAACGCGAGCUACAUCCAGCGCAUUCGCCUCAAGCACUUAAACGAGCCUGCGAUUUAACCUCCUCCCCUUUUGGCCAUACCCCUCCCUCUUAAGCCCCACCUUUCCUCCCCACUGAAACUCCCCCUGGCUGCAGCGAGCGAGGCGUCGUCUCCUCCAGAGCUCAGAAACCACAUACCUAACACAAAUAUGCACAAGUGUCUGGAAGAUUUGUAUUAAUGUAUGGUACUACUACUACUCCGACUAUGUAACACAGGAAUUCUCAUCACGUUGGGUCGUGGUGUACACUCAAGACUUUAAAACAGGACAAAAACGAAAAGAAACUCUGCUCAUGUACGUACUGUAUGGGUCUGGACCAUUUUGAAUUGACAGUCGUGUCAUUUGUGGCGAGUGUGAAGCACCUGUAGUCGACCUUUUUUCAAUAUUCUGAAUGGAAGCCGCAGCCCUGCCCCCAAAACGUUAGUUGGUCACUAAAACCGUGGCGAGGAUUCUGUCACUUUUUAAAAAAAAGAAAUAAAAAAAAAAAGGCUCAAUGUCAAUAUUUUAAAAUUUAUUUUUUUGUAUGUUGGUCAGUAGCACAAAAAUUUAAAUGUUUUUAUUAUUAAUGGUAUUAUUAAAACCGACUGCCAUUUCCUGUGUUUCUCCCCUCAGUCCAGGAAUUGCCUUACUUUGCUGAAGUGACGGCGUCGCUCUGUCUGUUUGUGUUGGUCACGAGCGAUUCUGGCAAAAACAUGGCAACAACCGACGAGACUGAGGUCUUCCAUGUUUUUAUUUUGUUCUUCAAUAAAUGCAUACGUGUUCUAUCUUCUCUCAGUGGUUUCUGGACGUGUCUCGACUGCAGCCUCAGACUCUGCAAUUUUUCUUUUUUACCCCCCUGAAAUAUAUUUUCCACCACAAACGCACCCAUCACUAAACUAUAUUAUUAAAACAAGUAUUGGCUAAACUUUAAACUGGCUCAAUCUGACACCUCCUUGACGCUGUAUUACGCCAAUCAUCACAGGUGUGUGAUUUAGGUGUUCCUUUCAUUUAAUGGCUUUAAUCUGAUUGGCUGAAAGCUCGAUGGAGCUAAAUAUCGAUUCACAGCGGUACAAUUACUAAUCUGACACAUAUUAAAUAUAGAAGAAUAUUGCCUAAUGGAGCUUUAACACCCCCAGUUAUUUGUCAUCCACCUCAAUUUGGCACAAUCCUGCAGUUGUGUGUGAAAACCUGCUGUAUCCAAAUGACAGUAUUUUAAAGCAGGGGAUGAGUUGAUCCUUUCUGUUUAGCUACAGACGAGAGAAAUGAGUGUUCUGAAUGUAUUUCUUUUUUUUUUAAACCUUUUAUCCGGGAGCACAAACUACUUCACUGAGAAGAUUGUACUGUCAUCGUUGUCGUGCUCUCAGGUGACGACUGAUCCGAUUCUGGUCUCAUGAAUGUGGAACUUAGCAAAAACGCACCUGAACAACUUAAAAUGAGCUUUGUGUGCUUUUAGCAUUCUGUGCUUUAUAAAAAAAGGAAAACAA